AUGAUUUUAUCCAUAUUAUUUGGUAUUAUAGUAGCCGUGUGUCUCGUCUCAACAUUAAUUUUUUAUGUAUUUAUACGUUCACGAGAAAAUCUGAGAUCAUCAUCAAUGACAUCAAUCACUGGAAAACAACAAAUAAAAUAUUCUUUAAGACCAUCAUUUGAUACAAUAACAAAAAUAUUAAAUCAAGAUUUUUCAUUUCGUACAAGUUUUUCAAGUGGUAAUCGUUCAUCAUCAACAAUAAAUGACUCGGAAUAUAAUGAUUUUGAUUCAAAAAAACAACAUAGAUCAGUUGAAUCAAUUAUUGUACCAAUAACACCAUUACGUUCAACUAGUAUGGUAGCAACUUUAUUUCAAACACCUCGUUCAUGUAGUUCAAAUCGACGACAAGGUUCAAUUGUUGAUGCAACUCAAAUGGCAUUAAUUCCAUUUUCUCUUCCAAUACGUAAUAAUAAUAAUGAUAAAUAUCGACGUCGAUCUGUUGCUGUAUGUAAUAAUAUAAUUGAACCAAGAGAAAAUAUAAUAACAACAAAUAAUUUAACAUUACCAUGUUUACUUUCAUUUUCAAUAAUUUAUUUAAAAACUUCACAAAUUAAAAUUCAAUUUCAUUCAAUACAAUCAUUACCAUUAAAUAUUCAUUUUCAACAAUUAACUAUUAAAGUUAAAUUAACACCUGAUGGAAAAGAAAAAUCUAUUCAAAUUAAAAAAAUAAUAGAAAAUCAAAUAAUAUUUGAAGAUGAAAAUAAUCAAUUUUUUCUUUUAUUUUCAAAUAUUCCAUUUGAAAAACUAAAUGAACGAAUUUUAUCAAUGACAAUCAGUGGAAAAGAUCAAACAAAAAAAACAAUACAUAUUGGUCAAAUUGGAAAAAUUAAUUUUAAUCAAAUAAAUCAAUUUGAAAAUGAAAAUCGUGUUGAAUUUCUUCAUGCAAUUGAAAAAAUAAAACCAUCAUCAAUUGAACUUUUAAUUUCUCUUGAAAAAAAUGAUGAUGAUCAAUAUAUACAUGUUGGUUUACAACGAAUAAAAGGAUUAAAAAUUGAUCAAAAAAAAUUUGAUGCAAAAUGUUAUUUACAAAUUAUUCUUCUCGAUCGUCAUCGAUCAUUAUUAACACAACAAACAAAAACUUAUCGAUUACAAUCGUCAAAUUUUAUUAUUGAUCAAGAACAUAAUUUUAAUAUUGUAACAUAUAAUUCAAAUAAUUUCGAUCGUUUAAUGAUUAUGUUUAAUUUAUAUUCAAAUGCAAAUCAUACAAAUGAAUAUAAAUGUAUAGGUCAUGUUAAAAUUGGAUCACCAUUACUUUGUUCUGGUAAUGGUACAAUUCAUUGGCAACAAUUUAAAGCUCGAAAAUCAUUUUCAAUGUGGCAUACAUUAAACAAAGAACAACAUUGA